AUGGGCGAAACAAAUUCAAAAGCUGCUUUCGAGAUCUGCGUAGUGACUGUGGACUUUGUGGGCAAUGGACUUGGCCCAGGAAUUAACAUGGUCAUGUUUGAUAACAGCAACAACCAAUCUCCAGUCAUCGCCCUGGAUCAUAUUUUUCAAAAUGAACUGGAUUAUCAUCAGGCCAAAUUCACUAUUGACCAGCAACCUUGGAGUAAACCAAAAGCCUUUGGUAAACUCCAUCACAUCGAAUUCUGGCGCACUGAUGGUUCACACACAGCCGAUGGCUACAGUGUGGCCGCCUGGUACUUAGACCGUGUGAUAAUCCGUGACAAACGUUUCGGCCUGACUGGUCAGUGGGAUUACUUUUUCUUCCCCCUCCAUGAUUGGGUAGUUCCAGCUGCACAAUAUGUGAUCCAGGAUUGUGAAACAUAUCUUCCCCAACAAGAACCCUUUCCAGAUUUGCGGUUAGUUCAGUUGGAACGGAGGCAGCAGCUUCUUAUACUGACUCAAAGAGCGAGAGGUCUUCCAGUUGAAGUCAGCGAAGUUCCCACAACGGAACUCUUCUCCUAUGAUUCACGAUGGGACAUAGAAGACGUUGUUUUGGAGCUAAUCGACCGAGUUGGUCUUUCCGCCGAUUACAAUAGCGAAGAGUCCUGGGAUUCUCUCGAUUCAAUUGGGAGUCUGUACAAGCGACACAACAUCACGGAACCUUUGAGUUUAUCGUACUGGAUGAUGAACGACGUAGCUUUCGGUGCUCAACGACUCAAAGGCUGCAAUCCUUUCGUUAUUCGUCUUUGCACGGAAUUUCCAUCUUGCAUGGUUUCACUGAAAGACUGGAUCCUUCCUCAUUUAGAGGGUUGGACUCUUCAACAGACUCUAGUGGCUCGACGCCUAUUCUAUGUGGACUAUGCUAUCAUGCGAGGUUUGCAUUGUCGACAAGGUAGAAUGAUGGCCGCUCCUUUGGCUCUCUUCUUCUACACCGAGAAACGACAGCUUCUGCCCCUUGCUAUCCAUCUGGAUCCUGAAUCAGAUGAUCAAAUGCUUUUCUGUUGCACUGAUCCGACAGAAGAAUGGCUCCAAGCCAAGCUUUGGUUCAAUCUCGCUGACUCCUGUCACCACAUGGUCAUAGGUCGUCUCCUCAAUCACCUAAUCCUUGAGGGUAUCUAUGUUUCCCUACGUCGAAAUCUCGCUCAAUCUCACCCAAUCUAUCAACUCCUAGCACCCCACUUUCGCAGUUUUCUCGCUGUCAACCGAAAGUUGAAAGAAUGGAUGCUUGAUCGUGGCUGGAUUGCUCGAAAUAUCCAACUCACUCGGAAGGGCAUUAAACAACUUCUACGGAGGGGGUUCAAACAAUGGCGAUUCGACGUUCAAGGGAAUGUCUAUGCGGAGCUGGAAUCUCGAGGAGUAUAUGACAGGAAAGCCUUGGGAAACUAUCCCUAUCGAGAAGACGCUUUCGUGGUACACAGAGUCAUGGAAAAAUAUGUGAUGCGGUUCCUUCGAGUAUUCUACACCCGAGGUCCUGUUGACUUACUGGAAGACAUAGAAUUACAGACGUGGCGUAAUGAGAUGGCUUAUCCCAUGGAAGAUGCUGGGCUGGGACUGGAAGGCGUCCCAAAUGGCAAAGCUCGGGUGAGAAACGGCGUGGUCUACCCAAUUGGCAAUAUUCCUGGAAUGACUACCUCUUCCAACACGAGCACUGUUAGCGGAGCUUCGAGCAACAGUAAUGGCGAAUGUGCAUUUGGUUUGACAACACUGGAAGAGACAAAAUCUAUGCUUAUGGGUAUUCUGCAUUUAUUGGUGAUUGUAUCGGGCUCGGUUCUGCGGCUUCCAAUGUUUGAUGAGUACGGAUUUGUGGCACAUUAUCCUCUCAGUCUAUUUGGGAGCAUUCCCGUGAGGGAAGAAGAAAUUAAAGGAAGCGUAAUGGAAAGCUGGAGUGGUCUACAUUCUCUUUCUGCUUACGAUAAAACGGUUGCUUCUCUACCAAAUCGUCGGAUGACUGUUGAAAUGAUCCUUUAUACUCGCAUCGCCAGUCGAAUUCAACUCUCUAAUCUCGGCCACUAUGAUAGCAAUUACAUCGUUGAUAAGCGGGCAUUGGCUAUUUUGGAUGAAUUCCAAAAUGAACUCAAGAGUGCAAGUGAAGAGGUUACAACUAAUAAUCGUCUUCGGGAUCUCCACCACAAAUAUCUUGCUCUAGAUCCUUCUGUGAUGCCAAACUAUCCGGGAGUAUGA